ACGAGUUUGGCGAGUCCCAAAAAGUGGGAGCGAGGCACGGGUAUACGAUAGGAUCGUAAAAGAGACCCUGAAGUUUGCGGCGUUGGACCUUCAGAGUCAAUGGGAGCCUGCGUCUGGCCCUUUGCAUUGCAAUCUUGAAAAUCUCGUUCCUCCCUUUUUCUUUCUUUGGCACGCCACCACCGGUUUGUCGACUGUCGCUCGUUCUUCACAACUUCAUGUGAACUUUGCGCAUAUUCUCUCGUUUAAUUAUCGACCUUCUCUCGCCAACACUAUUUGUGUCGUCGUCACGCUGAUCGCUUUUUUCGUGCUUAAUCACCGGUCGAUUGAAUCGCCACUAAUAUUUUGAUAACGAUACCCAAAAAUCGGUCGAACAAAAACGAACAAAAUGACAGCAGCCGAACCGUCCAGCAGCACGCGGGCUGCACAGGAACGAUCCGAUAAUGAUGGAAUCACAGCCAUGCAAGGAGCGCCACUCCUGCCUCAUCAGGAAAAGAAUGGUGCGGUUUUCCAGCAGCAACAGGCGCCUGUACCGUUUGGAUAUGGCACUGGCACAUAUCAACCUUUUCCUCAGCGGAUCCCUGGUUCGGAAAUUGCCUACAGCAAGAGAUGGCACGUUGUGAAACUCGCUUUCCAAACCGCAUCUCUUGUGUGCUCUGCCAUCAUCUUUGGAAUUGGCCUGGCACUGGGCACCUAUGCCGAGCAAUGGGGGGAUCCGUGGGCAGUAGACAUCAUUUUUGCUGUCGAUGCCUCAGCAGCCGGGCUAGCAAUUUUAUGGACCGUGGCCGAGUUCCUAGCAUUAUAUGCCUCCAAAGAACGUCGAGGCAUUCAUCCCGGAGCUCAUGUCGGUGUCCAACUGAUCAUCGUCCUUGUGGCUUCCUUGGGUGCUGGCAUUGGUGGCGUCUUCGCCGUCGACUUUACGGAAGAAUACGAUGAAGAUGAAACUGCUAUAACUAACCUCCUAAGAGGUCUCAUGCGAACCUUGUUUGCGUUCUCCAUCAUCCUAUGGAUCAUUCACUUUUUCCUCUUUGUUCGCGCCUGCGUUGAGACACACACCGUCAAUGCGACAAACAAGGCCCGGAGAAUCACCUACGUCCGAGUCCCAGUACCUGUACCAAUGCCGAUGGACCAAAUACCUCAGAACCUGGUAGCUGGACAGCAUCCGAUACCUCCUCAGCAAAACAUGAUGUAUGGCGGUCAUUACGCCCCUGUUGCGCAACAACCUUCAGCAUUCCCAUCGGGCUCUCAACAUCAACCUGCUGUACCUCCGCAGGGCUACUAUGCGUAAACUUCAUGAGACACUUGUCUACCUCCACGCGCCAACUUGACGACUUAAGCGGAGGUUCAACAUACCUUUGUGUUCACGACGCGGCUGACG